GGUGAGGCGACGCAUCAGGAAGCGGCCGAUCCCGACAAGCAGGAAGGAAGGAGCGAGGAUCGUGUGUCUGUGUCUCUCUGUCUGUGUCUCUGCUCCUCCCGGGACCCGCGGAGAUGCCGGGCGUCGCCCUCGGCCUCGUGUUACUGCUGCUCCGGCUGCCGGCACCGGGUGCUGAGAUGGUGUUGGUCACCACCGGUCUGGAUGUGACCAUUAACAUCAGACAAGCCGUCGGCAGUCCGAGCUUUGCCGACUGCCAAAUGUGUAUCGUGGGGGAUGGUGAUAUAGUUUGUCAUCAGGAGUAUCGGUUCCUUCCGAAUGUCUCUCUCCUCAUCAACUUCACCUGCGCAGAUCCCCAGCACGCCUUCACCAUGGAUGUGAGGAAAGAUAUUGGAAAGGAUCACGAUCUGGAAGACCUUCUCCCUCAGGACCUGCCCAGGUUGAACACCACGUACAUAUGGGCCAUCAACGUCCUCUACAAGGUUGGUGUGGGGAUAAACUUUGGUGGGACGCCAGUGUGGCAGACAGACCUCGCCCACUGUCCAGACCUGGUCCAGUACAGGGUGACGGGUCACGUUCAGUAUGACAACACGUCGGAGGUCCCAGUUGGUACAUUUUGUAGGAAUGGAACCAUUUCCAACCUGAAGAUUCAAGGUCGGACUUUGAUCACCCUCGAGGUGCCUUGGAGCGAGAUGAAUGAUGACACCGGAUUUCAGCUUUCCUUCGUGCCUCCAAUAGGAAGUAGGUGCAGAAUAAUUGUACACCUUCAAAUACUGUACGUCUUGUAAGAGAUAAGGUCUGGUUUGUAGUGGGUCUUGUUUCUUCCUAUUCAU